CCCCGUUACCCUGUGGCUCCCCCCCCCGCAGGCCGAGCUCGGAGCUCCGGAAGGUGCGCUCGCGGGACGCGGCCCGUUCGCGGCGCAGCCAGGAGACGGAGGUGUUCUACCAGCUGGCGCACACCCUGCCCCUGCCCCGCCGCGUCACCUCGCACCUGGACAAGGCGGCCAUCAUGAGGAUCACCCUCAGCUACAUGCGCAUGAGCCGGCUCUUCCAAGCAGGCGGGUUGAAGACAGACCAGGGGGAGGAGGAGGAGGAGGAGGAGGAGAUGGAUGGAUACCUAACGCGAGCACUGGGGGGGUUCGUCAUGGUGCUGGCCCCCGAGGGAGACAUGGUCUACCUGUCGGAGAGCGUCAGCAAGCACAUCGGGAUCACACAGCUGGACUUGCUGGGGCAGAGCGUGUUUGACUUUGUCCAUCCCUGCGACCAGGAGGAACUGCGGGAUGCCCUAACGCCCAGAGCAGGUUUCUCCAAGAAGCAGAAUCAAGAUGUGCCGACAGAGAGGAGCUUCUUCAUUAGGAUGAAGAGCACACUGACAAGCAGGGGCCGGACCGUCAACAUCAAAUCGGCCUCUUAUAAGGUGCUGCACUGCACCGGCCACAUUCACACCUACAAGAGCUCCGGGGCGCAGGAGCCCCCCGCCGACUGCCCUGCGCUGCCCCCCCAGCCCCUCACCUUCCUCACACUGCUGUGUGAGCCCAUCCCACACCCCUCCAACGUGGAGUUCCCUCUGGACAGCAGCACUUUCCUCAGCCGGCACAGCCUGGACCUCAAGUUCACCCACUGCGACGGCAGGGUGACUGAGCUUGUGGGCUACAAGCCUGAGGAUCUGAUCGGUCGCUCUGCCUACGAGUAUCACCACGCCCUGGACUCAGAUCACCUGACCAAGAGCCUUCACACCUUGCUAUCAAAGGGCCAGGUGACCACCAGUCACUACCGCUUCCUUGCCAAGAACGGGGGCUUUGUGUGGGCCGAGACCCAGGCCACCGUCAUCUACAACGGCAAGACCUCCCAGCCGGAGGGAGUGGUAUGCCUCAACUUCAUCCUCAGGCGAUCCCGACGGGAAGGAGAUCAGUGGCUCAGCUCCUGCUCAACCCCCUUUGUGUUUCAGAGUUCUGGAGACGAGUCGCCGAUGGACACGGACUCGGUGGAGAAGUUUUUUGCUGUCCGUAAGGACGAUGACGCCAAACCCACCGCUGCCAAAGAGGGGUAUGAGGCCCUCGAUCUGGACAUGCUGGCCCCUUACAUCUCCAUGGAUGACGACUUCCAGCUGACCUUCCUGGCCCAGCUCCCAGAGUCUGAGCCCCCCACCCUGGAGCCAGCUGCCCCUGGUGCCAGGAAACGAACCUUGAAGAUGGAUGAAGACUUGCCUUUGAAGGAGUCGUCCCCAGACAAAAGGAAGAGACAGGAAGAGGUGCUCCUGCAUGACGUCCUGCUGGGCUCUCUUGUGGACGGAGACAGCACUGACGAGCUGGAGCAGCUCAGGCUCGCCAAGAGCCUCCUGAAUACCGAUGACCCGCUAGUAGGAGGGGAGAGGGGGCUGUGCAACUCGGCAGCCCUGAUGAGCGACUUACUGUCCCGCCCGCCAGACCCUUUGACUCAUGAACUGGAGGCGGGGCCCAUUUCACCUCUGACCUGAACUGGCCACGCCGCCCCCCCUCCCCCCACACGACAGUCCAGCCAAGAGAUUGGAUGUCGCCUGGGCAGCCCAUCCCCCCCAACCCGCCCCGCCCCGACACCUCAGACAGCUCGACAAAGCGCUAACCCACCGGCCGGCCGUCGGCAUCAGCGUUCAGUUUCUGCCCAGCAGCCCCGUGUUGUCCAGUUGUGUCCCCAGCAGAUGGUUUACCCUCAGUGAUGUCACGCUAAGACAGGACAUCCACCUGCCAGAGCCCACACUAGAGCUGAAAGGGGAGAAUCCAGAGCACGGCGCCCCUUCGUCUCAGGAUAUUUGUCGAGGUGCACCGCUAAACAAAACAGGCGAUAGUGUACAGGCACUUCAGUCCUGUAUUUUAAAAUGCUGUCCAAAAUCGAAUGUAUUCCUACUUUUAUGCUGGUGCUACUUUUAUGCUGGUGCUAACUGAAUUGACCUCAGUCCAGUGUGGCUUACAUCAGCUAAGCCAUACAAUUUCUCUGCAAACCAGCAUGCAUGUGAACAUUGCGCGAAAACCAGUCAGGAAUCAUGUGGUCGUCAAGUACAAAAGCCAGCACCUGGAGACAUACCUCUCCGUUCUGAAUGCAUGUUUAUAUAUGUGUGUGUAUAUGUAGCAUACAGACGCAUAUAUGUCACUAACAAAGCUGCUCAUACAAUAAUCAGACUCCUAUUAAUAUGACGCAGCAGCCACAAAAUGAUUUCAGCGCACGAGAGAAAUCUGUAACAAAUGCAUUUUACACUUUCUAGGCAACAUGCUUGGUGUCGGAAGACCUUUUGUGAAUGCUGUAGCGUUUUGGUGUUGAGAACGUCACAGUGGGGCAUGUAGUCAGAGAGGGACUAGGUACUGUAUGAUCAUCCUGAAUGUUUCUUUUAGCGCUGUCACAUUGAGCAGCCUUGUUAGUGACAAAUAACUGUACUUAAGACCGGGGAAGGAGGUGACUCCGGGUGCUCUGCUUCCCGACCUCAGUGCUCCAGAUCCCUCAGUGACCAGCAUUGCUGCAAUGAGAGAUCUGCUCUCACUGUUCUUGAGCCUGAGUACGCAGACAUUACUGCAGAGGCAGAGAACAAAAAACAGGUAUCCAGUGGUUUUGAAAACCUGAGACCUGUUAACUUUAUUUAGAGGUAGCAUCUGAAAAAGAGCCAGGGUUUCACGCAAUACAGCCAUGAUGAAAAACAUGAUGAAGACUCGGGCGUUGGAGCAGAGAAACAGAUAAAUGCAAGCCGAUACUCCUCCCUGCAUUUUAAGAUGGGCUGUCCUGGUUACUUAACGCACACAAACAAGUUGUAUUUUAAUCAAGGUUUGCCAAAAGCAUGAAACGUUUUAAGGAAAACCCUCGCAAAGAAAAACAAUAUCAGUGGCAUCUGUUUUUAUAAUGUUUUUUUAGAUACUUUUUACUUGAUAUUUUUUGUUCUACUUGUGAAAAUGUAUACUGUGUGGUUCCAUGUAUAUUGACAAGUGCAUAUUAAAAGCGACAGUGUGUGUGUGGCAUAACAGGAGUGCAACACCAGUCUAAGCUACAGUUUAUUUUUCAGAUUUUUGUAUUCAAAGAAACCAGUUGCAAGAGAUAACACAUUACACCUAGAUUCCACAGGAAGAGAUGUACAUUGUACCAUAGAGGGUUAUGUGAAGCUUUGUGAUUGUGAAUAAGCAAAAAAAAACCUUAUGCAUUAAGCUUUUGAAAUUUGGGGGUUGUUUCCACGAGUGGGGUCACAUUACCUCUCAACUCAACAGGGGAAAGGCUCCCCAGAUCGUUCAUUUGAAGGCGAGCUGAAAACUGCAGCGCAAAGCUGAAUGAUCCACGCUUUGGCAUGAAAACAGGAAGAGCAUCACCACGCCCUUUGUUACUGCAGGAGGGGCAGUAACAUGCUUGAGCUUUGCCAUGUGGCAGAGGAAGCCAUUUGCCCCAAAGUUCUCUAGGUCCCAUGUGCAAACUGAGUGAAAGCUGUGAGUAGACCUGGCCCGACAGGGUUAGAGUAUAUUGCAGUCUUAAUUACAUCUUGGUGAGCCUGACUUAUCUGGCUCACAGUUCAGUAGUAGGUUUGUCACACAGCUUAUGUCUUCCAAGGAGAAGAGGUCAGGUCUUCAAGGUCAGCCUAGGGAAAAUGCAUGAAUAGCACAACGUCCUCCAUGCGGGUGUGAAGAUUUCUCACUGUUCUCCCAGGCAGUGUGGGAGGGGGGAGGGGGUAACACAGUGGGAAAGGAGGGUGGACAAAGGCAGUCGGGCUCCUGCUUCUCACGCCUCGGACACGUCCUUCUGGUCAAGCGUGGAUCGCGGCUGCUUCCGCCAGCGACCGCAGCGGCUCUCCUAUUGAUACUGCUUCAGGUACCUAGAUGACCGCGGUCAUCGAGCUCGUUUAAGGGGGAAAUCGUGUGAGGAGAUCGUGAGCAGCUGUAGGCAGGUUCCGUUGCUGCACGGAGAGGGGAGGGAUCCUUCGGUGUGCGAUUGGAGUUAAAGGCUCGGCCCAGUCUCGCCCACGCCCGCCGCACUGGGGAUCGCGUGCAGUGUGUGUGGGGGGGGGGGGGGCGUGCCCUCUCAGAAACGUGCUCCCACCCCCAAGCCCAGCUCCUUAGGGUGCUGGUCUGGUGACCACGUCGCAUAAAAGGGUACACAGCCGAGAAAAACAAAAACACUCUUCAAAUUUAAAAUGCCAAACUGCUAGCCAGAACAAACACAAGUACAAGGCCUUCCAAAAGCUUUUCUGGCUUGCGACCAGUGCUGUUGAGUUAACCGUGAAUCUCGCUCAUGUGGCCCUUUACAAAAGAGCAUUCCGUUAUGAACUCUAGAAGAGGGAUGCUGGCUGCAAAACACAGCUUUCUGGUAUUUUAAUUCUUCUUGUUGAUUUUUAUUAGUCCAGUUCUGAUGAAAAAUGUAGUAUUUUAAACAUGGCUAUGGUAAAAGAAUGUUGUUGUUUUUUCCUUAACUUGUUCUGUCCAAGUCCGUUAGAGGAAUGUUUUCCUUCCACGAUGCAGUGGCCUUACCUCGGUGCCACACAUUGGAGAAUAUUGACUGAUUUUCUUGUUGAUGUGAAUUCAAAACUUCUUUGCUCCUCCAGAUCGCUUUUACAAAUUGUGCUCUUUUACAAUGCGAGGUUGAAUCAUCUUUUAAUACCAAUAAAUGCUCCCAAAGCUAUUGGGAGGGGCAGCGAUCACCCCUCGGAAGAACAAAACUCACCCACCCAGAACGCACACUACAGAGAGGGACUGCGUUUUUUAAAUCUCUCUCUCAUUUAAGCAGAUGAUUUUCUGAUGACUGUUGUAUCCUUUAAAAUGUGAUUUCAUUCCUUAUAAAUGAUGUCAUGUUGUUAAAAACUUGUGUUCUUUACCAGCUAGGAAUAAAAACUUUUUUUUGCA